CAGAGCAAGCAGCCAAAGCAGAGAAGCUGCAGCGAGCCAGCCUCCUUCUUCUCCUUGGGCGGGACUGAGACAGCGACCGAGCGAGAGGCGGCCGGCGGAGGCUCCGAGGGAGCAGAGGGCCGAGAAAGAGAUCGGAGGGCCGCCGAAGGCGAGGAGGGUUGAUUGGUUCCGGCCGGCCGAGUCGAGUGGAUGGCGCGGCGGGCGGCGGCGUGGGAGCAGGGCGGGGACGAGUACGACUACCUGUUCAAGGUGGUGCUGAUCGGCGACUCCGGCGUGGGCAAGUCCAACCUCCUCUCCCGCUUCACCAAGAACACCUUCUCCCUCGACUCCAAGUCCACCAUCGGCGUCGAGUUCGCCACCCGCACCACGCAGGUGGAAGGGAAGACCAUAAAGGCGCAGAUAUGGGAUACGGCAGGGCAGGAGCGGUACCGGGCGAUCACGAGCGCCUACUACCGGGGCGCCGUGGGCGCGCUGCUUGUCUAUGACGUCACCAAGGCCACCACCUUCGAGAACGUGAAGCGGUGGCUCAAGGAGCUCCGUGACCAUGCCGACGCCAAUAUUGUCAUCAUGCUCAUCGGCAACAAGACCGACCUCAAGCACCUCCGCUCGGUGGCCACGGAGGACGCGGCGGGCUUCGCGGAGAGGGAAGGCCUGUUCUUCAUUGAGACCUCCGCGCUCGAGGCGACUAAUGUUGACAAGGCUUUCCAGACCGUGUUGGCCGAGAUAUACCGGAUCGUCAGCAAGAAGGCGCUUUCUUCUUCGGAGGAUUCUGGUGCCGGUGUCGUCGGAGAGGGGCAGUCCAUCCAGGUGUCGGCUGGAGACCCCAACGGCGGCGUUUCGUCGAGAUGCUGCUCGUUCUAGCG